AAUCAAAACUAAAACAAAAUUUGUCACAGAAAUUUUCGUAUGGUUCGCGCCGGUUCCUGUGAAUCAAACGAAAAAUCGUUUUUGUUUUGGUUAAGGUGUAUACAUAAUCGAUACCAGAUUCCAGUUUUCCGUAAUUCGAUAGUGUAGGAAAAUAUGGCCGAGAGAUAUCAGUUCGAGAGCAAAAAUAAGCUCAAGGUAAAAUGCGACUCGGUGAUCACGAAAAAGAAGAAAGGUGAGGACAAGGAAAAGAUACGUGAAAAAUUGGCGAAAAGUCUGGACCAGAGCAGUGGGGAAGGUAGCACCAGGUACCGACUCAAUGUGACAGAAGAGCAAAGAGACGAAAUGGUUAAGACAGCCAUGGAAUCGAUCAAGAGGAUGAAGGAGAGAGAGAAAAAGAAGCGGGUGGAAAAGUUCAACCAACAUAUGGAAAGCCUUGCGGAGGACUUUGAUUCCCUGAAAGUAUCCUGGGCAAAAUAAACGCAUCCCACAAAUGCUUCAUAUCGAUUGCAAUCCCGAUAAACGAUUCGUAUUUAAGAUUUUGCAGCAUUGACAUGUCAAUUAAUGA